AUGGUGUGGUCUCGACCAGUUGGCCCCCCACUUGUGUGGAGUGUCAUUGAGUUGAUUGAUUCUGCUGGAGAGAAGAGAAAAUUCUCACUGCAGGAAAUUCCUGAGGAGCGGUACGAAGAGGCACUUUGCCAUAUGUGCUCUAUCUUCGUGAAGGAUGAAACAAUAUGUCGGGCUAUGGGUUACUUGUUCUACGCGCCACACUGUGUGAUAAACGAUCCCCAAUCGAUAGAAACGGGGCGAAAAUUAUGGGGUCAGGCAUUGUCACAAGGAAUUUCCGUCGCUGCAUUCGAGAUUACUAAGGAGGAUGCAGAACCAACGCUUGCUGGUAUGAAUGUGCUUGUUUACGUUGACGAAGAGACGGAUAAGGCGAUGAAAUCACUGAAGGUAAAUUCACAGAUUUUUUCGAAAUUUUAUUUAAUUCACGAGUCGAUCGAAUUGUUUGAUACGCAGGGUAAAUCGAAAUUUGCGGAUCUCUUACGCUACGUAAUGACAAUUUCUGCCCUAGCGGACCCUCGGAAGAUCUACAUGGUCGAUAAAUAUCUAAGUGCUCUUGGAUUGAGUGUAAAACCUGAAUACCGGCGACUUGGAUUGGGUCAAAAGCUAUUACAAUUGAGAGACGGAAUUGGAAAAAAGUACGGUAUCGAGUACACGUCAACGGUGUUUUCGAGUCCAACUUCCCAGAGCCUAGCAAAAAAAGUCGGAUUCAAGACAGAUUUGGAGUGUCCUUACGAGGAAGCACUCCAUGAAGAUGGAACUCCUUUACUGCCGACACUCAAAGGAAAGAGUUGUAAAAUUAUGAGUAAACGCAUCGCUUGAAUGAACUGUUCCAGUCGAUAAAUAAGAUAAUUUAGGUUGACGAAAAAAGGUCAUUCGAUAAAAAUUAUGGGUAAAAAUAUUUAUUAAAAGUAU